AAAGGGAGCAUCCCCAGUGCUUGAUUCAGAGGGACUCACUUCCCUUCACUCUGCACUCAUCUUCUUGCACCACAGCUACGGUGAUUCUUCUCCUCUUCAUCUUCUACUCUGUUUAGACGGAGCAGCCAUGUAUCUCCAGCAGUGCACUCCAUCCACUGGAGGCAGCAGAAGGAGCUACAGCUCAUGCUCUGCCAUUGGUGCAGGUGGAGGAGGGGGAGGCAGAGUCAGGAGUAGCUACAGCUCCUAUUCCUCCUCCAGGGGCUAUGGAGGUGGCGGACGUUGUGCAGGGUUUGGCAGCAGGAGCUUGCAUAAUCUAGGUGGAGGUGGAAGGAUUUCUGUGGGGGGCUCUUACAGUGGAGGAUUUGGGUGCAGAGCUGGUGGCUUUGGUGGUGGAAUUGGUGUCGGGUUUGGCGGCUAUGGAGGUGGAGUGGGCGGCUAUGGAGGAGGACCAUGUGGCUUUGGAGGAGGAGCGGGCGGCUUUGGAGGAGGAGCGGGCGGCUUUGGAGGAGGAGCGGGCGGCUUUGGAGGAGGAGUGGGCGGCUUUGGACCUGGUUUUGGACCUGGCUUCGGACCUGGCUUCGGACCUGGCAGACCUGGGCAGCCUGGAGGCAUCCAGCCCGUUCAAGUUGACCCAAGGCUCCUGCAACCAGUCAGUGUCGAGAUUGACCCCCAUAUCCAACAAGUGAAAACUCAGGAGACGGAGCAGAUCAAGGUCCUCAACAACCAGUUUGCAGGCUUCAUCGACAAGGUCCGGUUCUUGGAACAACAAAAUAAAGUUCUGGUCACCAAGUGGGAACUCUUACAACAGCAAGGCGGAACAAUUAUUAGGAAGGACUUAGCACCCUUGUUUGAGAAUUUUAUCCAAGCCUUGAAGAGGAAGCUAGAUGGACUCCAAAGUCAGAAGGGACAACUGCAGUCAGAACUGGAGAACAUGCAGCAGUAUGUCGAGGAGUACAAGUGCAAGUACGAAGAAGAAAUCAACAAGCGCACAAGUGCUGAGAAUGACUUCGUGGUGCUCAAGAAGGACGUGGAUAAUGCCUACAUGGUUAAAGUAGAGUUGGAAACAAGGGUGCAAAGUCUGACUGAUGAAAUCAACUUCCUGAGAUUUGUAUUUGAACAGGAAAUAUCUCAGUUGCAGACGAUAAGUCGUGACUUGUCAGUGGUUGUAUCCAUGGAUAACAACAGAUCUCUAGAUCUGGACGGCAUCAUUCAGGAAGUCCGAAAUCAAUAUGAGGAGAUCGCUCGGAGAAGUAGAGCUGAGGCAGAGGCUUGGUACCAGUCUAGAUAUGAAGAGCUGCAGAGCACAGCUGGAAGACAUGGGGACAACUUGCGCAGCACCAAGGUAGAGAUCCAAGAGCUAACAAGGAAUAUCCAGAGGAUGCGGUCUGAAAUUGAAAGUGUGAAGAAGCAGAUCGCACAGCUGCAGUCUGCCAUUGCCGAAGCAGAGGAGAAGGGCGAGUUGGCCCUCAAGGAUGCUAGGACAAAACUGGACGAGCUUGAACGUGCCCUGCAGAAAGACAAGGGGGAUCUGGCUAACUUAUUGAAAGAGUACCAGGAUCUGCUGAAUGUCAAACUUGCCCUGGAUAUCGAGAUCGCCAUGUACAGGAAACUGCUGGAAGGAGAAGAGUCCAGGUAG